UUGCUUUCUUCCAUCCCGAGAGAAAAUUACGUAAGGAGAGAUAAAUGAAUAAUCUGUUAUAUCCAAACAACAGUAACAUUGUCCAGCUGUUUUAACACCCGAAAAAUGUCGUACAUUCUUGCUCUUUACAUUGUAGCUUUGGGAGCUGCAUCCAGCCAAGGAUGCGGGGAUUUGGAAAUAGUGCCACGUUCCAGCUGGGGAGCUCGUUCCCAGAAGGGUCCCACCGAAAUACUAAAUACACCAGUCGAUCACACAUUCAUUCAUCACACUGCGUUGGAAGAAUGCUCAGAUUUUCAUUCCUGCUGCCAGAACAUGAGAGCCAUACAGGAUUUGCACAUGGAUACAAGAGGAUGGAAUGAUAUUGGUUAUAAUUUUGUGAUUGGUGGUGAUGGUCGAGUAUACAUAAGUCGUGGUUGGACUACAGUAGGUGCUCAUACCUUAGGAUACAAUUCCAAGGCUAUUGGUUUCUCUCUGAUGGGUGAUUUUUCAUUUCAUGAACCUUCUGAAAUAAUGCUUAAUACAACAAAUAAGUUGAUUCAAUGUGCAUUGCAGAAAAAAUAUAUCAAAGAUGAUUACAAAUUACAUGGCCACAGAGAUAGCUGCUGUACAGAGUGUCCAGGAGAUGCAUUUUAUAACCUUAUCAAAAACUGGCCUCAUUUUGAAGCAGGACCUUUGCCAGAUUACUAUUGCUGACUGUCAUUAAAAGCACUUGCUCAAGCAGGAAGCAAGACACAUUACUAAAAAAAUUCUUAAAAAGGGUCAUAAAAUUUGUUGGAAUUUUCUGAUGAAAUUUGAAUCUUUUCUGUGUUUUAAUGUUAAAUAAUUCGUACACAUAUAAAAGUCUCUCAACUUUGUAAAUAAAUGCCUGGAUCUAGGGAGAAAAAAAAACUAUGGCAUUAUUACGAUUUUACGAGCUAUUAAAAAUUUUAUGAAGAAACUUUGUAUACUUAUGUAAAAUCAACUUGAUAUUUAUUGCUGUAUUACAUAAUAAUACUGAUUAUUUCUGUGUAAA